AUGGGGAAGGCUUUAUGGGCCAUUCUGAUGACGUAUGGACUCUUGGCCUGCCAUAUAUUUGGUGGAAAAGGGUGCUCCCCUUCCUGUGGCACAGCCACCUCGCGCAACGUGGAGGAGCAUGUUCUGCUCAGGCCAAAAUCAGAGACACCGUCAAGACAGACAGGCUUGAGAACCGGAUAUAAAACGAUUCACAAUCAGAUCAUAUGCCAAGAGAGCUUCCGCUUUUCCCGGCGGACGGUGCCAUGGGUUCAUCUCCACGAUAUCCGGCGCUGGCUUGGGCUGUGCCUUCUCGUCGUUCAUGGCAGCCAUGGACUUGGGGAGCUACGCGCCCAAGGCGACCGCUGGAAUAAUGUGGGUGGUCAUCUGCAUAUUAAUCUGCCGGGCGAAAAUUCAGAACUCUUCACUGUAUGCGGGCUCCCUCAGUUGAGACAUUUCAUCACCAGAGACCACUGUAACUGGGCGGAAGCGCAAGCCGGCGGCACGGGACGAACGACAGGUGGGCUGACCAGCAGCGCUCGUGAUUGUAAUUUGCUCAUGCAGGUCGACGUGUGCGGACAAAAGGAGCUUGGUCGGAGGCUGUGUCGACGCCUGUUUGGAUGCAAUACCACCACACCUGUGAAUAAGGCUCUUGAGAUCACAAUUUCAACCCGCCACAAUACAUUGCCACCAGCAACCCUGAUCGCCAUGUACCAUGCCCCGCGGAGCCAUAACCAUUAUCAACACAAUGCGAAUGUUAUGGAUUACCUAGUCGACGGGUUUGAACAUGGGGCAGCACAAAACAGCGAUCCCGCACACCUCCAAGUUGAGGCGUCGGGUUCAACUAGCAACCACUACGGCGUUGGCUGGGGCUGCACACAGGGCUCUUCCGGCAACGAUAGCGAAUUUACCGAUACGUUACAAGGCGCAGUAUCCAACGACAUAUUGAAUGGGGUAACGCCGAGCUCUUUCGUCUGGCCUCCCGAGAAACGUCGCCUGAGGGUACGAUUUCUCAAUGGGAGUGCCUCCGAUCGCGAAAUUGUCACGAAUCUUGUGAAUACACAUUACAACACCAUUCCGAUGCGGUUAAAAUUCGAGUUUCUCAAACCAAACGAUUUUGGGCCUUCUGAUAUCCGAAUAUCUUUCGGUACCCAGUCAAGCUCCUGUCUUGGAACGGAAGCCGAGAAGAAUCCGAAUGGGACAACCUUGUGGCUCAACAUGUACCGACACAUCGCCGGUCUACCAGGCCCUCAGCGACGUCGCCUGAGGCAAGCUGACAUCUUACACGAAGUUGGACACUCACUGGGCAUGGUGCAUGAACAUCAACACCCUGAUUGUCCAGCUGUCUGGAACUACCGCGAAAUCCAAAGAAAGACGGGGUGGAAAUGUGCCAUGAUCUAUAAGAACUACGACCGAAGCUUUGUUCGAGGUACAAAGCCCCUCCCUUAUGACCCAGAGUCCAUCAUGCAUUACCCCAUCGCCCCAGAAGACACCCGAGACGGGAUGAUGUAUGUCCCCCACGCCUCGGUGUUAUCUGACGGCGACAGAAGGUUUCUCAUGUCAUUAUACCCCGAUCCAUAUAUGCCCAUGCUGCGCGAGAGCCCAAGGUGGGUUCCAGAGUGGGAGAUGGAGUAUAGGCCGGUGAAGAAGAAGUCUGGAAGACAUAGGCAUAAGAAACCCAAGAAGCACGAUGAGCCGGGGCUGAUAAAAUGGAUAUUGUACACUGCUGGGUAG